AUGGGCGACAUCAGUGUGGAAAUUUCUCUUAUCACAGAGAACAAAAGAGAAUCGGUUCUGGUGACGGCCGGUCACUCGAUGUUAAGCAGAUUCACAUCCAAAGACUUUGUGUUGAACUUUGCUUUGAACCAUGUGCGGGGCGACUGGAAGAUCAUCGAUAUGGAUCUGGUUCAGGUGUGUGCUGCCGAAUCAGAGUCUUCGAGCCACAUAAAGUUUGUGACAUUGGAAACGGAGCAGGAUUUUGCCCGAUUCUGGACACGGGCCCAAACGGCUCGAAAAGCCAAGCUCAAUGUGUAUUUCGACGAGACAAAGGACGAGGAAAAGGCUGAAACAAGCUCUGUCGAAAGCUCGAGCAAAGAGGAAAGUUCGGGCACAUCCACCUUCACGCUUGUAGCCUCCUCGUUGCUUGCUCUUCUUGUUUUCAUCUUCUCUACCCCAGACAACGUGCAUAGACGGUUUUGCCGUGGACAUCCACGGGAGAACAUUGCCGGCACCAGAUACCACUGCAUGGAAUGUCCCGACUUUGACUUGUGUGAAAAGUGCUACUUGUCCAACGUUACCAUAUUUCCCCACAGAUCCACACAUCGCAUGAGGGCGAUAUCAGAAGAAGACGAUUCUUGGAGGGGGCCUGGAGCCCACGACCAUUGUAACAACUCGUGGAUGGGAUCUGGACACGACCAUUGUCAUAACUCGUGGAUGGGAUCUGAACCCCACGAACAUUUUCCCGGUUGGAUGGGGCCUGGUGCCCACGAGCAUUUUCGAAACCGCUUUUUCAACGAUUGGCUGAGAGACCGGGAACGGUGUCUGGACUGCCGCCGAAUGAACGGAAACCACCGCAGAAAUUGUCCCCGUAAUACAGACUUUCCCAGACGGUGGAGGAAUAGAAGAAAGUGUGAGCGGGAUGAACCGUUUUGGUCGAACGAGCUGGAUGAGAGAAGCAACUGCUGA